CGACAGCAGUAAACGCCUGCGCAUGCGCUAGCAACGUCAACAUUUCAUGUAUGAUUUGUGGCUGAAUUAGAGUUUGUUUAUUGUUAAUUAACCGACAAGAUAGUAUUAUUUAUUCUACAAUGAGUGCCUGGGUACAAUAUAUCAAAUCCAUUCCAACGUAUAUGGACUAUGAUGGUCAAGCUAGAGCAGAGAGAUUAUCAAGAAUCAUCAUAAUAUUAUUUGGAGUUGUUGGAUUAAUAUGGGGAUAUGUUAUCCAACAAUUUUCCCAAACAAUUUACAUACUUGGUGCUGGAUUUGUACUGGCUGUUAUAAUUACAGUACCUCCAUGGCCUAUGUAUCGCCGUAAACCUUUAGAAUGGCAAAAGCCACAGUCUGAAGUUACAGUUAAACAGAAGAAAAAGAAAUAGUUAGCUGCUGUUUGUGAUUGUACUUCAUAAUAUUUUGUAAUAAAGAUAUGUGUAAAAGUUAUAUAUUUA